AUGCCAUCAUCAGUUCGGAGCGCAAAGAGUCCCUCUCGACCAACACCGAGAUCUUCAACAAAAUCACCUGUUCAAAAGGAUCCGAUGGAAGAAUUUUAUAAGGAUCCUAAAAAGUAUCAAGAUUAUUACAAUGAACUUUAUGAUUCGUUACAGACAGAAAAAGCAAAUUUUGAUGAAUGCUCUUUUGUUUUCCUUAAUACGAAACGACCUCUUGAACCAAUAAUAACACUUCAAACUACUUCGGAAGAAUUGUUUUAUGGAUCUUUUGAUGGUCCCAUUCGAUGUUUCAGUACAUCUAAUGGAAAGAGAACACAAACGCUUAGAGGUCACUCUUCCCUGGUUUCUGGUUUGGAGUUAGUGAGUAGAGACAAAGUCGCAAAUGAGUUGGAUAUGGGACCAAUGGAGGAUUUAAGUGAGAAUACAGAAGAGGGAAAAGAAGUUUUUAAGUCACGAAAUGAUUAUGUAUUAUUUAGCUCUUCAAGAGAUGGAGAUGUUCGAUGUUGGGACCUUAAUCUAAGCAAAACUAUCAAACGACUCACGACAGAAACCGCAGCUCCUAUGACGUGCAUGAAAGUGUGUUUAAAAGAGAACUGUCCCACUUUGGUGGCAACAGGAGGCUUGGAUGGAAACGUAACUCUAUGGAAUCUAGCAAAAGGGAGCAUAUCAGCAAUUUAUACUGGACAUGCAUCCGCCAUAUCUUCUUUAGAAUAUAGUGACAAUAAGCUAUUUAGUGCCAGUUUAGAUUCAUUUGUAAAAAUUGUUGAUAUCGAAAAAGAGGAAGUAUUUUCAAUUAUAAGGCCAAAUUCACAUCCAGUUAGAUCAAUUUCUGUGAUUGGAAAUGAAAUUUUUGUAGGAACGUCUACUGGUGUUAUACAGCAGUACGACCUUAGAACAUCGGCAUUGGUUGGAUGUUUUAGAGGCCACACCGACUGCGUCCUUUGUACCAAAGUCUAUGACCCCAACUACUUACUGUCAGGUUCAGAGGACUCAUUUGUGGUAUUGUGGGAUAUUAAGACAAAAGAAAUGGUUCAUGUAUAUGGUGGCCACAAAGACAGUGUAACUGCAAUUUCGAUAACUGACCAAGACAAGAGCGUCUACUCUGGAUCUUUGGACAAAACAAUACGUAGGUGGGCAGCUUCUAGUGCUAUUGGACUUGUUCAAAAAGAAAGCCUGCUUAUGGAGCACAAAAAGAAACUGGAAGAGUUAUUGGCCAAAGAAAAAAAGAAGCAAGCCAAAUAA